AUUUGAGUGUUAAAAAUCAAAAUGAAAAUUUUUUUUCAAUCAGAAAUGGCGCAAUCAGUGCAUCUAGUAUACACGUAAAUUUUUUUUUUUCGCUACCUACUACUACAAGGUUAUUGUACCUACUACAUCACUAGUCAACUGUACUUUUUCUAUUGAAAUGAGUAAAUUAAUUGUGUGUCAAUUGUGUAAUUGCUUUGGUUUAUGUGUAAAUUUUAUGAAUUUAUGGUUGUCAGAAAACAAAUAAAUUCAUGAGAGUGGAGACCGCAAAAAGGUGUAUUCAGUUUUAAAUACUGAUUCAGCAAUGGAUUUCUAAAAAAAAAAAAGAACAACAUCAACAAUAAAAAAACAAAACAUCCUUAUCAAACUUCAAAUACCGGACAAAAGUCAAAAAAAUUAAUUAAUUUUUUGGCCCUAACGAAGACGAACCCCAUAAUUAUCAAUAAUUUAAAUAAAUAUAAUUCCCCAAAAUUAAAUUAAAUUAUAAUUUAAACAACAAACUAAUGCCGCGUUAAAAAUUUGCACUAAAGCAAAUUUCACACGAACAGCAAACAAAAAAAAAAAAAAACACUAACAUUAUGAUUUACUAAAAGGGGGAUAUCAUAAAUAAAAAAAAAAUAGUAACCAAUGCAGAACAUCUUAUAAUUUCACAUUAAAGCACCCGAUAAUAAUUAAAAGCAAACAUAAAAAAAUAAAUACAAGUUAACAAAAUCAAACUUGCAUGUUCAAUUUUUUUCGCUAUCAAAAAAGAGAUUACUACACACUCGCAAAAAAUUAAUUUAGAAGAUCUAUUUGAAAUCAUUAAACUUUUGUUUGGCACAAUUCAUUCAGAAAACAAUCGUGGAAAUUUUUUUAAUUUUUAAACAAAACUAACAAAAUUCCAACAUCUUCUCAACAUCAUAAAAUGUGCGCCACUACUACUAAUAUGUAUCUUCUAACUAAUUUGGCUUUCAGUGCUAAUGCACAAUUAAAACAUGAAUAAAUCAAACCACUUAAACCACCAAUCAGGCCAGCAGCGUCUUGCCGGGCGCCCAAAUCACGCGGCCAAAAAAUCCAAUUUCAUCGCCGCCGAAAUUGGAUUCCAUCAUCUGAUCACUGAAUGACAUCGUUUUUAAAGAAAUCUAAGACAUUUUUAGCUAACCGAAAGGGCAACAGUAAACGAUAUCCACCUUGCGACACGGACACCCUAAGAAAAAUAACUGCAGUUCAAUGUUUAAUGGAAAUUGUCUCUUCGGAACAAGAGAUUACUAAUAUUGAAAACCUUGUGGAUGAACUAUGUGAGAAGCUUAUUGAUAUUGAGAAACAAUCGACCAGUCUAGAAGAGGAUGAGGAUUUGCAAAUUGCUGCAGUAUCAGAACUUAAAACAACAACAGCACCAUCAUUAUCAUCAUUAAAUAAUUCAAAAAACGAAGAACUAUCAUCUACCGCUGCUGCUGCCGCAACAACAGAAGGAUCAAAAACUAACGAAACCAACCAAGCAGCAUUAUCAUCGUCAGCAGUUACAAGAAAGGCAAAUCAACAAAUUGCUUCCGAUGUCGAGGAUCCUCGCAAACGCUAUUAUCGAGCAUUUCCAGCUCUCUCAAAGGAAAUGGAAGAUUCAAUUGGACUUUUAAGGCGUAAUACGAAAUCAUUGACAUGGCCAGUGGAUGGGAAAAAUAAUAAUUCGUCUGUUGUUAAAAACAUCACUUUAAAUACAAACGCAGUCAUAGAUAAUAAUACAAGUUCUAAUUCAUUGUCAACUGCUGCUGAAAAAGUAAAUAUUAAAAUUUGUGUUGAUAGUGUUGAUGGUCCAUCAGCGUUGUUGGAUAGCUCACAAGGAGGAGAUUGCAAUACUGUACUGUGUAAUACAGCUGGGGUGAAGAGGAAAUCUAAACGUCGACGUAAUCAAGCAUUGUCCAAAGGAAAAACGACUGCUGGCAAUAAUAUACGAAAAAAUUCAUUCUGCGGUGGAUCGAGCUCACCAACGUGGGAUACUGAUUUUGAAGGCUCUUGGGAAAUGGGAAGAGAUCUUAUCAAAGAAUUUAUUGUUAAACAAAACAAUCGUAAUCGCAGCACCUCGGAAAGUGCAGCCUAUAAUAUGGCAAUUGGUGGUAGUUGUGCCAACAAUAGUGUCAGCGGCGGCGGUGGUGCAUGUGAAACUACAAAUGAAAUUCAUGAUAAACAUACAAAAUCAAUUAUAAGUGAUAUAGCUACAAAAAACGAAUCAAUGGCUGCCGAAAAUAGAAAAGAAGAUCAUCAAACAACAAAGGCCAUCAAGAAUAAUAAUAAAAACAAUAUGGAAUUGGCUGAAGUAUUAGCCGAUCCAUGUGUUGUAGAAGUAUCAUUGUGCGAAAAUAUUGUCGAAAAUUCGAAAUCCGACGAUAUGUCUGAUAUGACCGAAGGAUCUUUGAGCACAGCUCGUCGCUUGUACGAACGUGAUAUCUCAAAUGAUUCGCUUAACGAGCAAAACCUUAUUUCCCAACCUAAUCAUAAUCAUCCUCAACAACCUUUUCCUCCUAAUCAUCAUCAAAAUCAUCAACAAAUGUCGUCAGUUUCUUCUUCUUUGUCGGAACAACUGGAUUUUGCUCAAUUCAAAGCAAAAUUCAACAGCAGUGUCGAGGCGCUCUGGAAGACCACAUCAAAUACAAAAGAAAGCGCCAAUAAUAAUAACAACAACAACAAUAAUGAUAAUCAAUCAUUAUUACAAUCAAACAUUGUAACCGAUUCUGCUAUAUCAGUUGCUCCACCAAGAAGUGAAGAUUUGAAAAACUUCUGGACCAACUAUUACAGUCAUCGUUAUGAUGUUGAUAAAUUCAAGGAGUGCUUUGACUACUCCAAAUCUGGCGCUAAAAAUUCUUCAGUUGGUGGUUCAGUUGCCACUCAAAAUGAUGGUCAAAAUAAUUAUUUUUCUAUGCCCAUUAUAAGCACUGCAGGUGAUGAAUUUGACAAGUCUGUUGGUGGGAAGAGGGCUGGUGGCAAAACUUCACCGAUUGGUGUAUUUUUGCAGAGCACUAUAUGGUCAGAGAAUUCGAACGCAAGUUAUCCUGAUACCGAUGAGAGUUUCUUUAUGAAGGUUUUAAAUUCAACAUCUACAACUCAGAAGCCACAAGAUCAGCUCAAGAUGGACAUUUCGGGCACUGACAAGUCAUACUUUUAUCCAUAUCAGGCAUCAAAAUGGUCUGAAGGUAUAAAUGCUGGACCAAAUGUAAGCACAACAUCAGCCCAUUUUCUUCAACAACCACAACAACAACAACAUCCAUUGGUUGUAACUUCAUCAUCAUCCUCCUCGUCCGUUUCAACAAUGGAUCAUUCUGCACGUAGCUGCUACAAUAAUGAAUUUGCCGAUUCAACUACAUCUUCAUCCUCAUCCUACAUUAGUGGUAAUCCAAAUUGGCAUCUUCCAGCUGGUAAUAAUCUUCAGGCCGACAUUAAAUCCUGGAGCUCAUCAAAUCCAACAUCACUGACUGAAUUGUAUGGUGGGGGCGGGGGAGGAUCUCUCAUCGCCGCCUCCUUGGGUAAGAAAAACUCUUGUAGUAAUUUCGACAGGAAUGCUGGUGGUGGUGUUAGCUCAACAUCAAGUCCAAACUCCUCCUCUAAAAUAACCCUGGCUAAUCAUUCGACUACAACCAGUGGCUUCCUUGCAUACUCACGCAUCAAAUCGUAUGCCAAAUUAAUUGAUCCAAAACCAAUUACCAAAUGGCAAAAACCUGAAGUUGAUUAUCAUAAACAUCUAGCUGCUACACCGCCAGAUGAUGAAAAUCUUUUAACUUCAGAACGAACUCAUUUCCAUCCGAUUAAAAUGAGCUAUGCUGAUGGACAUACUUUUGAGAUAUCCAGCAAUUUGGAUACCGUCGAUUUUGAACGUUCCGAAAGUGGAUAUUUAUAUUUGGAAUCUGAAAAGUAUUUAGAAUAUACACGUUCAGAUACUCUUGCCGAAGAGGAUAGCUCAGUAGCUGGUCAUUAUCAACAAUCGUUGAGUUCAUCAAUGAGUCGGGAUUGCACAUCAUCGGUGGCUUCCACAAAGAGUUCACAGUCUGAGUUUAUGAUACGUUUUCGCGUUAAAAAUACUGAUCAGGCGUGUCAAACUGAUUCCAAUGUAAUUGGUUCAAAUGGUUAUCGCACGACUUCGUUUAAUAAUUAUCAACAAGUAGCCGCCUCUACAAGUCAUUUAGCUUUACAAGCUUCUCAUAAUUCUACCCAUGAUAGUGGUGACAAUGGUGAUGACGACGAUGAAUGGAUGGACAUCGGAUGUAUUGGUGGAAUUGGAGGCAAUUUAAAAGAUGAUGAAGAAUGCGUUAGCAUGGAUCAGUGGUCAAUGGUUGAAAUUACCAAAAAAUGCAUGGACAACAAUAAUGCAUCACACACUCUCUGGGGCAUGUGUCCAACUUGCAACAGUGACAUAAAAUCCAAUCCAGCUAAUCGUUUGCUAAAAGCCGAACUUAAUGUUGAGGGAGAUGAAAUUAUGUCCGACCUUAGAUACAUGCAGGAUUUAUAUAUUGGCAAUGAUUGGGAUGAUCAGAAUUGCACACGCGAUGAUGUCGAAGAUGAUGACGAUACCGAUUUGGAUGCUGAGACCAUUCGAGACUGUGAAUUCUAUCAAGCAAUGGCAACUCCAGCCGGUUGUGGCGAUAUGGAAGAAGAGGAUCAGCAACAAAAGGAAAUUCUUUAUAAUGUAAAUAAACUGAUUGCAGAUUUGUUGCGUCCAGAAAACGCUCAUUCGUUGGCCAAUGCUUUGGGGGCUGUCGGUGUAGGUUGUAUUGGUGGUGGUGCAGGAGGUGGUUAUGGGUUAGCUGGUAAUGGUGGCGGUGCUUAUGGUGGUGCUGAUAGAGUUGAUGGUGGUGAUGGUAUGGUCGUUGGAGGCACGAAUGAUGAAAAAUACAUUGGUGGUUUGUGGAAUUCCGAUGAAAAUAUAAUAUGGAAGAAAGAAUUUAAACCAAUUGAUAUAUUUUCACGCUUCAAUAACAACAAUAAUUAUUCAUUUCUUGAUAAAUUAAAUUGGGAAUAUUCAAAUUUAGCUGAAAUAUGGGAUAAGGCAUCACCUGAAAAACAAAUCCCAUCCAACAAAGAUUCAGUCGAUGAAGUCAAAAAAGAGGAAAAUGAUGAUGAGAUAAAUGAAAAUCAACCUACCACCACCCAACAACAAACAACAGAUUACCACACUGACGACGAAGAAAAUAUAAAAAUUGCUUGCAGAAAUAUGAAAAAUCUCCUCAAAUCAUCUACAAAUAUUAUGCCACCAAAUGAGAAUUCGGCUCUAUUUGAAAUAAAUGAGCGCCGCUUAAAUGACUCCAAACGUAUGCAAUGCUUUUUAAAUUCAAAUAAAUUCAAAAUCUCUAAUCGUUUUGAUCGCAAACGUCGCCAUUCAGCAUCACAAAAUGUUUGCUCUUCUUCUAUGAAUAACAACAACAAUAAUAACACCAGCUACAAUAACAACAACAACAGUAUCAUUUACGAUAAUAACAAUUCGAAAUUUUCUCUUGCAUCACCCGAUUCUUCAUCGACAAUUCUACUAACUAGCACACCCAGCACCACCAACAACAACAACACCAACAACAACUCCAUGAAUAACACCACAUCAAAGGCAAUAACCAAGGACACGCUUACGGAAUACGACAGGAAUAUUAUAACGCGCAACGAUAACCACGACAAUGAUGAUGAUGAUGAUAACGACGAUGAAAAUGACCAACACUAUUAUAGCAAUGAUGAAAUUGAUGAUGAUCAACUACCAGAUAACCAACAACGUCAAGCAACAAUAAUAACGUGUAAAUAUUGGACCACAAUGCAACCGAUCGUCAAUAGCAGCAGCAACAAUACCAAUGUUAAAAUCGUCCAAGGUGAUAAUACAAGAGACGAAACUACUACUUCGAUUGAUGAUGCACAGACACCAGAUGAUUCGUUCUUUAUUGAUAAAAAUUCACAAUUUAUUGAUGGAUUGCCAUCGAUAACAUUGAAUACAUCGUCGAUUUUAAAGCAUGUUACUUUGGUAUCACGUCCAUUGACGCGUUAAAAUAUUCAAUUUCUCUCUUUAAUCCUCUUUUUUUCUAUCAUAACGAUUGUUAAAAGGGGGGAAGGCAUAGGAAUUUUUAACCGAAAAAAAAUAUGUGUGAGCAAAUAUUGUUUUUUGUUUUCUAUCUUAAAAGCAAACACCUACAAAAAAAAAUCAAGUUUAUUAUAGUUUACCGAUUUUUUUUUCUGUUUUUGGGUGCAAAAUCUUGCUUUUUUUGUUUCUCCUAAAAUAAUUUGAUAAACCCCUGUAACUUAUUUUCAAAAUUUUUUUUUUCUUCCAAAGUAAUAAAUUUGAUAAACCCCUGUAACUUAUUUUUCAAUCUCAUAAUAAUUUCCUGCAAGUUUUUGUACAAGUUUUUUGCACCUAAAUCCACUUUUAAUGUUUUUUUUUCUUCUUUAAUUGGUUUUUGUUAUAAUUUUCUGGAUUACUUUUGUUGUGAUUCAAGUAUUUUUUUUUUAUGAAACGUUACAGUAACUUAAUACCAAACUUUUGUCUGGCAAAUGUAAAGAGAAAAAAAAAGUUUAUUUAUUAUUGUUUUUGAAUUUUCAUCGUCUACAACAUAACAGCGAGUUAUUUGAUGAUGAAAUUUUAUUUUGUUUUGCAAGGAUUUGAUAAGAAUUUUUUUCACAUAUAUACACAUAAUAUAUUAAUAAAUAUACAUAUUAAAUGCGUUAAGAACGCUUGUAACAUAAAUUAUUACCCACAUUAAACUAUCUCUAUUAAGUCUUCUCACUUUUAUGUUGUAGAUGUUACUCUGUAUAAAAUUUAUGAAUUUUUUAUAUAUAAAAAAAGUUUUAUUUUCCUUUUUUUAAAUAUACAUAUAAAUUUUGUUAACAUUUAAAUUUUGGUGGCAGUGCUAUUAAGAAAGAAAUCAACUGAGUGACGCGAUUGUUGCUUGAAAAAAAAAAUGUAUAAAUUAGAGAAACAAAAACAAAGAAAUAUGCAAUUUUGCUUAAGCUCAGACAACAUACACACAUGCAUAUACACAUAUCAACAAAAAAAAAAUAUUUAAAAAAAAACAUAUUAUUGUGUAAAGUUUUCUUUGUAGUAUUUAUAGUUAUCUUCACCGUUUUUGUUUUGUUUAUAAUUUUUUUUAAUGUAAAUUAUUAUUUUUUUUUAUUUUCCUUUUUUUUUUUUUUGAGUUUUCUUUAAACAAAAAAAUACUUUAUAUGUAUAGAGAGAGAAAAAAAAUGUAUUAUUUAUUGAAAAAAAAAAAGAUAUAAAUCUUUUCGAACAUUCAUAUUUAUAUCUAUUGCAUAGUUUAUAUCUUAAAGAAAAAAAAAAAGAAAGAAAUAUCCUUCUCUGAGAAAGCCUUAUUAAAAAUAAAUAAAAUCUAUUGUGGUCUUAUGUUAGCAUCAACAGAAUUAAAUUUUAACGAAAAAAAAAGGAGUCAAACAUAAAAAAUAAAUUAAAAAAAAAAAAAUAAACCCAAAAAAAAAACCUAAAUAAACAAAAAAAUGUAAAAAAAAAAUUAUGAUAAAUCAUGUUAAACAAUAAUAAUCUCUAUCUAAAAAUUUUAAUCAUUACAUUUUUUGCCUUUUUUGUUAUUCAUUUACAACUAUCCUUUUUCUAAGUAAAAAACAAAACAAACGAAAAAAAAUAUGUUAUCUCGUUAUUAUCUAUCUAUCGUCCUUGCAAAAUGAAACUAAAAUGUUUUUUUUCUUUUUUUUCUUGUUUUGUUGAAUUCUCAAAAAUCUAUCUAUUUUCAAUUAAAACAUUAUUCUAUUCUGCAAAACAAACACAAAAAAAAUAGUUUUUAUUUGUUUUACUGAGAUUGAUUUUGUAUUUGUUUAGUUUUAAAUUUUUUUUGUAAAUUUUUCUCGUAGAUUUAGAACAGAUAUUUAACUUUACAAAACUCGAUUAAACUGGGACGAAUGUUUAAGAUCAUAAAAUCCAUUUAAAGAUCACAGAAUGAUUGAUCUGAGGAAUAUGAGUUGAAUAGUUCAAUGCACGCCCAACGAUGAAUAACUUUAUAAAUUCAAAGCUAUAUUCUUGUAACUACAGUUUCAGUCAAAAACAUUUGCAUGUGUACAGAAAAAGUGUGAAAAAACAUUGACCUUUUUUCUCAUUCGUCGGGUUAAAGAGAGUGCUUCAGCACACCUCUACCAAAUUGCGACUAAAUAUUUGAUGACAUUACUACAAAAUGAUGUCAUUAGCUAAACUGAUGCAUUCAACUGUUAAAUGCAGUAGUCAAGGGUUAAAUAUUCAGUCUACAUAAUCUGUACAACAAUGACAGGACAGAUUAUUUUGCAACAACUAAAAGAGAAGAGGAGCGAAUUCAGAAAAAAACAGACAUCACUUUUUGAGUCUCAAGUGUUCACUACCGAACUAGCAGCAACUGAUGCAACAAACAUUUUAAACAAAAAUGAAUCAAGAAAAUUGUUGACUCAUGGAUGUUGUUGAUUCAUCGUAUUGGUCGGUACCAGCUACGUUAUUGUAGAUCGGCAUACCAAAAUAAAAGCAGUGACGUUAAUGAAUUUACAAAAAAGUAUAAUUUAUAAUGCGCAUUACUUUAUAUUAAGGAAUUUAGAAGUGUACGUUUGAAUCGACAAAAUUUUCGAAAACUUUUUCCUCUUCCUCUGCUUCAAUUUUGGAGGCUUUCACUUCUGAUGUCGAUUGAUGAUAAAUCUUUAACUUGAUUGGAAUUUGAUUUUAGUACUUCCAGAAGUGUUAAGAAAUUGCAUGGCACAAGAGAAUAUAGCUUCUUGAUUGCAAUAAUUGCAAGACGGUGCUUGCUAUAACCGCUCUUCGGCUAUUGUCUGAUAGUGUAAAAAAUUCGAUCGGAAGUUAGUUCAAAGGCCUACGGAUAAAAAUAACUGCGGAUGAUAUUGAGAAGGACGCAAUUUGUGAAUCUAGGUCUUGAAUGCUUUCCCAAACCGAAUGUGGGUAUUUUGUUCAAUGUGUGUACCAGCGAUCUUCAAAAGAUGCGAUGUGUUCUUGUUCAUUUCACCAGGAGUAUAUACUAUGCUCAAAGUUGAACGGCAUCGAAUACCAAAGUAUUUUUGGUUUGAAUAAUUUAUAUUUGAUUGCUCAUCAGUCAUCAUCGAUAAAAGUUAACGAAUUGAUUAGAGCAGAGUAUACCAGUCACGAUGUUUUUCAUGGAAUUUAAGGUACCGUUUUUAUUGUAUUUGUUUGGUCUUUUUUCAAUUGCAAUUUUGUAUGUUUAUCUAAGACAAAGGACUAAAAUAGAAUGUUCCCGUGAACUUAUACAAUGCCGGUAUUAUACACAUGGUUAAAUAUCCAAGCCAUUGAAUUAAAUUCUGGUGUAAGAUAAUUUCCAACCAACAAAAAUGUCUUAAAAAGAAUUUAAGAAAUUUUUAUUAAAAUAUAAAUUAAAUUUUAAAGUAACGACUGCUUGUGAUAUUUAACACUGCACUGUUCUAUUGGCUUUCUAUAGAUGAUUAUGAAAUUUAAAAAAAAACACAUUUUAACAUCACAACUUGUUACUUUUCACAUAGUACAAAUAAUAAUAUUGGGAUAUGACUUAUGUACCUGAUUAUUUUCGCACAUUUGUUUAACUAUAAUUAGACAAAUAAAUAAAUACAAACAUCGGAAACUUACUAAAAAGUAACCGAAAGACUUUAAUACAAAAAAAAGGCAUACAAAGAUUCUUCCGGAAGACCUACCAACGUUUUCUGAGUUCAAUCCGGCGGAUCCCACAUUUGGAUCCCUAAGGUGAAAUGAUGUGGGAGAGUUGUGGUCCAAAUUCAAAAUCAUGACAAUCGCCGGUAAACAAGAUUCUUCCAAGAGAUCAGAAAUACAUACAAAAAUAAAUGCGCAGGAUAUGAUUUCCAAUGUCAUUUUCGCUAAAACGUGUCCUUUAAAGAAAAUACAUAAUUGAUCUUCGAUGAUUGGUAACUUCAAUUUUGUUCUUUAAAAAAAAGAACACUAUUAUUUAAAGGAUGUGCGAAAAGAUAUGCAAAAACAUAUUUUUGUCUGUCAAUGAGAGAUAAAUAGAUCAAAAGAUUAGUGUAAAUGAAACACAAAAAGUUCUAUCUGCAAUGAGUGCAUGUUAACAUUAAAUAACAACAAACUAUUGAUUAUUUUCAACUACAAUUUGAAAUAAACUCAAAGGGAUCAUUUUCCAAGCUAGUCAGUAAAAUUAUUUUAUAAAUAAUUAGAUUCUUUUGCUAAGUUUGUUUUUUUUUAUACUUUAAUUGGCUUAUCAAUAUGUUUGAAAAUAAAAAUCAAUGACAAAAACAAAAAAAAAAACACAAUAACAUGCUAUGUAGUUUAUGUGAAAGCUGCGAUGAGAUCGAUUUAUCAUAUGAAGUCAAAUUUCAGUAAACAAGAUGAGAAACAUUGUUGUACACGUCAUUAUGAUGCCUAAUCUCCAAAGAUAUCACUUUUUGUGAAGUGUUUACUUUCCCCAAUUGGCAAAAGCAUUUUUGAAACGUUGUUGCAUUUGGAUGUUAAUGAAUUUGCACUAAUUUUUUUUAAACGAACAAAAUAUAUGUAUGUAUAUCACAACAAUAAAGUAACGUUGUGUUCGGCAUAUUGCCAACAUUGAAUUAAAUGCAAAUAAAAACUAUAUUUUGGUUAAAUAAUAUCAAAUUUGGUCCAUAUUCAUAAUUGCAGUUUAACUCAACUUAGAGUUUAUCCAAUGUAAUUCAAAUAGGAUAAACUAGAGUUUUUUCUUAAAAGCAGCUUAAACAGUGUUACACCACAAAUAAAUUAUUUUUUUUUACCAAAACUCAAUUCAAAAUUGUCUUAAGUUCUUUUUUGACGUGAAUCCGCUCAUGAAUAAUGAUGUAUCAAAGAGCUUUUAUUAUUUCAUUUUCGAAACACAAUAAAAUGGUAAAGUAAAGAAAUAAGAAACAAAUCAAAUAAAAAAAGUUUUUGUUUAGCAGAUAUAACUAAUUUUAUUCAUUAAAACAAAAUCUAAUGAUGAAAAACACUUAAAGAAAGGAGGAUAGAAUUUUCAUAAAAAAAUACAGAUUUGUGCAGUUUUCUGAAGCACACAUGACUUUUUAUUUUCUUAUUUACAAACAACAUUUUAGUUUUAUUUCCAUUUCACUUAGUAAUGAAAAAAGAAUGAAUUGUUAAAAAAUUAAAUUUUAAUCUAAAAUUAUUGUUAUUCUUUUAAUUUCCCUCUCUGUUGAUUUCAUAGAAUACUAGACUAAGUUGUAAUUACCCUUUUUGCACUUCUGUUAACUUUCUUAGUCCCCUUUUAUACAAAAAGAAAAGAAAACAUAGCAAUGGCAUCACACAAUUACAAUGCCUUAAAAAAAAUGCAUAAUGACCAUUUUCAUGUAACAGGAAUAUUUUUUUUUUUUCUAAAUAAUAAAAUCUAACAUGCUAACAUUAUUACCACAAUGUAAACUAUACAUAUUUUUUUGUUUCAAUAAUGUUAAUUUUUUUUUUUUAUUUUUUUUUUGUUUAAACAUAAAGUUAAAUAAUAUAAUUGCUGUUUAUAAGAAAAUUUAAAAUAAAAUAUUUUUUUGAAUAAUUAUCAUAAAUAUAAAUAAAAAAUAUGUGCAAUCACAGUCUUAUACACAUUUAUUUCUAAUUAAUUUUAAAUUAUCUUAUUAUGUUCGUUAUAAAUGUUUAUAUAAUAUACAACAAAAAAUAUUUUUUUUUUAAUUAAAUUAGGCUUUUUUUUCUCCUUGUUAAUUUAUGUUUAAACUCCUUUUUUAAAUUAUAUGAAAAUGAAAUAAGAAAAGAAUAAUCUUUAGUCUAACUAUUAAAAAAAAAAUGAUAAUUAUAAUUUUUCCUGACACUUAUGACAUUUUUAUUGAAAUUUUAUUACAAAUUCGGAGAACACAAAUUUAUCAUGAUUUGUAUUCUCGACAUUUGUAACAAAAUAUACAAUGAAGAUGAAUUUUGUUUUGGAAAAGAGGAGAAUAACUUAUUUCUUUUAAAAUAAGAAAAAUAAGAACAAACAAAUAUUUUAAUAUAAUUUGCUAAAAAAUGUCUUCAAAAUUUAUUUUGAAACUAAUCAUAACUGUUUGAGUCUAUUGACAUAUUUAUUUCCAAUCCAAACUCAAACAAAGAAGUUUUAAAGAAAAAAUAAAAACAAACAAUAAUCUUGUAUAAAUUCUUAAUUCUUUGCUUGCUAUUAGUUAAUUGCACUUAUCACUUUGAUAGGUGUAUUGUUUAUACAUACAUAUUUUGUAAUCAAUAAAAAUAAAAAAAAAAUAAAUUAAAGUGCAGAAUAAAAGCAGCAAUUUUAAAUAGUUUUAUUUUUAAAUGUAAAUUUGCACUAAUAACGUAAACGAAUUCACACUUCACAAACAAAAAAACCAUUGUUUUAAUUUUUUUUUUUCAUUCGUUCUUUCUUUCCAUACUGAACAGAUUUAACUUGGUUAGAAUAAUUUUCAAUAAGUGUAAAUAUUAUUUAUAUGCAAACUUAUAUAUAUAUUAUUUAAAAACAAAACAGUUUGUACGUGAAAAAAAAAGAAUUUCAAACUUAUAUAAAAAAAAAUUAUGAAAUAGAACAUAGAAAUUAAAAAAACAAAAUAAAUGCUGUACAAAUGAGAAAAAAAAACAAAACAUAGAUACAUAUAUGGAAAAAAAUUAAUUUCUUUGCCUUUUUGAAGAAUAAAAUAAAUAAAUUUGUACUUGUAUAAUUUAAAACAAAAACCUAGCUUCUUGUGUAGAUAAAACGUAAAUAUUUUUAAAUUUAAAAAACAAAAAGAAAGAAGAACAAAAGUGGAACAAAAACUGAGUAAAUUAUAAUAUAAUACCAAGAUAAAAAAAAUAAAAAUAAAUUAAUUAAUGAAUAAUAAAUAAAAAAAACUAAAUAUACACAAAAUAAAUAUAACAACAAACAAAAUGUAAUAUAAAAAGAAAUAAAAAACUAAAGAAAACCUAUUUGUAUAUUUAAAAAUGUAAAGCAAACAAAACAAAAAAGGAUAAAAAAAAAAUACAAUAUAAUAACAAAAAUGUUUAGGAUAUAGAAAUUUGUUUAAAAAAUAUCCUGAACGUGAUAAUUAUUAUAUUUUGUUAGAAAAAAAACUUUAUUAUUUAAACUUUUUAUUUAUGAAUAAAUUAUAAUAAUUGAAAAAAAAAAAUGAAACAUAAAAAACUAAAUCACCAACACAUAUACAAAAAAUAAAAAAACAAAAAAAAAAUAUAAAUAAUCCCUAUUACAAAAUAUAUCGUAAUUUGAAUUUAUUUACAAAAUCCCCAAAAACAAAAAAAAAAUAUAAGUUUAAUUUAUCACAACUAAAAAUGCUUUUUGUAAUUGGAAAAUCUCAUACAAAUUCCCAUUACGAAUAGUACAAGUUUUAUUUUUUUUUCUUUCACUUAGAAUAAUGUAGGAAAAUUCAAAAUGCGAUAAAUUUUGAAAGGGGAUUGAGCAAAAAAAAAAAAAAACAAAAAAAAAAUGAAAACGAUAUACACAGUUAUAUUUUAAAUUUAAUGUUUUUAGAUGAAUUAUACCUAUUGUGUGUGAAAGUGUCUAAAAUUAUUAUACAUAAUUGUAUUGAAAUGAUAUGAUGAUAAUGAUGAUAUGAUGUACUUGUGUGUGAUUGUGUGAAAAUGAUUUAGAUUUGUAUACAACAUCAGUUUAAAAAAAAAAAUCAAUAAAUUUGUGUGUAUAUAAAGAAAAACACUUAAAAAUUAAUAAAACAUCAAAAAAUGUACAUACAAAAAUUUCAAACAAAAAAAGAAAAGAAAAGAAAUCAAAGGACAAACAUACAUCAAUUCAAAAUAUUAUACUAAUAUCUAGAGUAUAAUAAAUAAAACAAUGUCUCUUUAUUCUGAAAUCCCUAUUAAUAUACUCUGCAUUGUUUUACAAAAAAAAAAAAAAACAAUUAUUUUCAAUACCUAAUGAUCUCUAUCGUGUAAUUCCAAUAGAUCUGAGAAUAUGCUUUCCGCAUAGCACUCACUGUCACCAAAUUUUGUUGUUUAUCAAUUAAAGAACUAAAGUACUGAUUUAAUGAAUAUACUUCUCUUUUUUGUAAAGAUACAUGUUGAAAAAAAGAGCGUUUUUGAAUAAAUUUAAGACUCUUGAUAAAUAAAAUCCGCAAUUUGGCAAUCUUUUACAGUUUAAACUGUACUUGUAGAUAUUGUCUCAUAACUCCUAAAUUUUAAUUUAUUUUUCAAAAUCUAUUACAUAUUUUUGAAAGUAAUGCCCAACCAAUGCAAUACACCUACGACAACGAUUUUGUUUUUUUUCAAAUUCUUAAAAUUGCCCAAAAAAAUUUACAACAUCCUCAAAGUUGUGCUGCCGAAAGUUCAUUUGGCCAACAAAAAUUUAAUAGAUCUUCCUUGCUUAAAAAAAAGGCUUUGUAAAAAUCGAAGAAUUUACUUUUUGGCUUUGAUUCUUGAAAAAAGGCCUGCGUAACUACUUUAGAAAUUGAAAUAUUGUCCAAAUGAAAAAUAUUUUUUUUUGUUGGAAUUGAGAAAGAGAAUAUUAACAAUGAAUAUCAUGAUGAAUUGCUGCACCGUUCGCACUGCCUUUUCAACACUUUCCUCUUUUAAAAAUUUUCAAAUCAUGACUUAAUAAAUAAAAUAAAAAAAGGUUCCAAGAAGACCACAGUAUCUGUUCAAAAUUCACGAUAGAGAUAAUUACACAUUCAUACCCUAAUUAUCCAACAUACCGUGUAAACUAAAAGUUCUAAAUUCUUAAAAUUUCUCUAACUCCUUUUCAUUUUUGUUUUCUAAACUAGAAUUACAUUAUAUAACAAUUUAUUAUGUUUUACAAUAAUAAAAAAAGAAAUUAAAAAAACAAAAUAAGAUGAAAAAUUAUACAUAAAAACAAAAAAAAUUGAGGUGUAAAAAUUAAAUUAAAUAUUAUUUACAAAUCAUUAUAAAAAUAUUAUGAAGAGGAAACAAAACAAAAAACAGAAGAAAAAAGAAAAUAUUUCGAGAUCAAAAUACAUAAAUAUAUAUAUCUAUAUUAUUCUUGUAGGAAGUUUACUUUCAAACGUAAUACUAUACCAGAGAAAAACAAAAAAAUAAAAAAGAAAACUCCUAAUAUAUUAUAAUGAUAAUGUUUCUUCUUUUUUUUUUAAAUUUUAAAACACACAAACUUUAAAAAGAUAAAGUGAAAUUAAGGAAGGGAAGGUGUUUUUGUGCCUUUUUCAAAAAAAAAAUCUAUAUUAAACAAAUCUUUUCAAAUAAAUGAAAAUGUAUGCCCCCAGCAUACAAAAUAAAAAAAAAAAAAAAAAUAA